AUGGCGGGAGACCUAGACGACUUUCUACCAAAAAUAAAAUGUUCAAGCUGCCAGGCAGAGGUCGAGCUGUCGGCCAUGGGAGAACAUGUCUGCCAGAAGGAAGAUAAGCGUACGCAACACCGAAGUGCCUACACUGUGAUCCAUUUUCAUGGACUACCAUACUUCGUAACUUUGGAGACGAAUCCACUGACAUUGCUGCGUGUAGCACUCCCUCCUCCACCUGCACCACAAGCAGAGGCCAACUACGGGGAUGGUCGGCCCAGCACAGAAUUGGAUAACCUAGAUGGGCCUCUCGCCAAGGUUGGACGCAUGGCACCCCCACCUCCCAUUGAUCCCCAUGCUGCAAACCGUCCCUUUCUCCGAUUGCUCGUGCCGACAUCUCCAACAAGCGGCGGCAUCAAAUCGGCGUCUCCCCUGUCCUUCUCGCCAAAGUCACCCAUGCGUCAGCCUCAACGAAGUCAAACGUCACCCUUACCCAAUAUUCCCUCUCCAGAGCGAGCUAACAUAGACUCCGUGAUUCCUCCAUUCCCAGGACCUGAUCCUAGAGCCAGUACAAAGAGCAGGUCCAGGGCCAGGACCUUGGUCAAAGGAGAGCGCGUCCAGAGUCCUCUGGUAACCAGUCCCUCGGAGAUUGCGAAUAAUGGCUUAGAUUUCCGGCUCAACCAGUCAACAUCAACGCCAGUACAUGAGGAUGAUGACGAUGAUGACGAUCAUGAACGACGUCGACGCCGCUCGCGGGCCAACAGGCACAAACGGGAGGUCUCAGUCGAUAGCAAAAGCCUAUAUCGAAUGUCAAUGGCAAGCAGUCGCUAUGGGGAUUCGAUCUCUCGAUCCUCCACUCCAGGAUUCCCAAACACCGCUAGCCUGCGUGGCCACCCUAACUACUUGGACGAGAUCCCCCCUCUUCCAGCCUUUCCCAUCAAGAGUUACACACCAACCCCUUUCAUAGCCGAACCAGAGCCGUAUCAAUUUCCAAACACAGAAGAAUUCGAAAAUGAUAGAAUCGCCACGACUCCUCCCAGGAGCUCUGGAUUGUCGACUGGUCUUCCCGGGUUUGAACUUGGAUUUCCUAUCGAUGGGGAGCCCCCAAAACCGCAAGAUCGUCAUUCGCAUGCUGCACGAUUAUCAGAGGGUAGCCGUGGCAGCGUUCCUCUAGAGGUGAAACGUCCGGAUUCGCAAAGGGGACCAGGUCAGGAUGUUGAUUUCCCUGCGUAUUCUGUCCAGGAGGACUUCUCCGUCUCGAACUUUGCACGCGGUCUUGGUCUCGGUGACCCUUAUCAUACGACAAACGAUUCUACUUCAUCCUCAGAUUCUUCUCCUUCGGACGCUGCAACAACAGUAUCCUACUCUACACAGCCAUCCGAACCACCCAGUGCAGAGCUGAAGCCCCCUCCGAGCCCCUACAAGUACGACCUUGAUUCGCCAACGGACCCGUUAUUCCAGCAGGGUCGCUUUGAAUGCACGCCACCGAAAUAUGAACGCUUUGGUGAACUUGAAUCUGAACCAAAGCCAGAGGAACGAAGAGGUGAAGUACGAUCCGUCAGGUCUCGCCGUCCAUCUCAGCCCAACCAACGCCCGACGAAGACCGAUUCCCCUCCACCAACACCCGCUCCUCCAAAAUCGCCUGGACAACCUCGUCGUGUUCGUUGUCGGGGCUGCGGAGAAAUAAUCGUCGGCAAAUCUGUUUCUUCUGCUGAUGGUCGCUUAACCGGUCGAUGGCACAAAGCUUGCUUCGUGUGCUAUACCUGCCAUUCGCCCUUCCAGACGGCGGACUUUUACGUUCUGGACAAUAAUCCGUUCUGUGCACAACAUUACCAUGAACUAAACGGAUCAUUAUGCGCCUCUUGCGGACAGGGAAUCGAAGGACCCUGUCUGCAAACCGAGGAGAUAGUGCGAGACGAGAAAAGCGGUACGGAAAGAAGACAAAUCUUCCAUCCAGACUGUUUCAGGUGCAAGAUGUGUCGAAUCGUGCUGAGAGAAGAUUACCUCGAAUGGAAUGGCGACGUAUACUGCGAUCGAGAUGGUCGCAGAGCAGCAGCCAUUGCAUAUUCUCCUCCAUCGCCAGGUUUUCCUCCUGGUCCCGGUCCUGGUCCCGGUGCCGGUUUCGGUUCAGGUCCCGGACGAGGCCGAUCCCCAGGACCCGGGUACAAUGGUCCACCACCUCCAGGCUAUGGCCGUCGACCGUCCUACAACUCGCCGCUCCCCGGCGCACCGCGAGGUGGAUCAGGCCCGGGACCAGGUCGAGGCCGCGGCCAGGGUCCAGGACGAGGUUACCCAAUUCCGCCCAACCGAGGACCUGGCGGUCCUCCCGCAAUGCCGAAAAUAUACCCUCCCAGCAGAAGCGGCAGUGGACGCAGCAAGCAGCCUCCUCCGAUGGGAAACUCUCUGAAUCUUCCCGGUCCACGCAAGUUCCCAGAACGGCGGAAGACGAAACUGAUGAUGCUAUGA